CUGUGUGGGUUUGUGUUGCAUCCCAACAGCUGGGAUUUCUUUCUGAUUGACUAAUGAUAUUGUCACUUACCUAAACAUGGGAUUGGUCUUCAACAAUAUUAAAAAUAGUUGACAGUUUGAAUUAUCCCCUAGCGAAGAAAACAAUGAUUUUCAAAUAGCUGCUAAGCACCCAAAUAGAGAUAGCUAGAUAUUAUGUGUAUAUUUUACAUGGCUAGUCUCCCAAAUGACGGGGGAUUUACCCUGUCUAUUAUUUCUAGGAGGGGUCAUGGCUUAGUAACAUUCAUACGUCCAUGUCAAAUCGCCGCUAAGGGAAAUCAAAGCCUGGAAGACAUUUUUUACAUUGAAAAACAUUGUAUUGUGGUGCACACUGCUAGCUACACUGAUGCUUGAAUUUUCUGACAAACAUUUAAAUUCAGCAUCAAAAUUUUUAAAAAGGUGCAAAUUUUUUAAGUUUAUACAAUAUGUACAACUGGGUCUAUUAGUAGGCAAACUGUGAAUGUUCAAUGAAGAGAAUUGACCACGUAAAUCAACUGCAGUGAAAAUAUUCCAUAAACAAGCAGAAGAAUUUGUUUUUACAGGUUUUUUGCGCAUGCGCAGAAAAAAUCAGAAAAAUUGGAAAAAGCACAAGGUGUGUCUGUGUAGCUCAAAAUGAGCAUUAAAUACUUUAGGACUCACCAUUAAAGCACCUUAAUUAAGAUAUUCCCAAAUAAUUAUCACCCAUAACAGUUGGAACAUUUAAUAAGCACCUCCCUUCAAUAAGCAACACUCAUGGAAGUAAAAGUAUAACAUAAGAGGAUGCUGAUCUAUUUAAGUCUUUAUAGUUUAUAUUUUGAGUAUUAGCUGUUUUGUGCAUCCCUUGCACAAAACCUUAAAAUGGUAGCCACAGGGGACACAUAUAUCUAACAAGGCAGUUUAGUAAAUUGAUUGCAGCAUGAAGUAUAAAUCUUGUCAGGUUACAUAAGUACAGAAAAGAAGUGGGUAAACAAUUUAAUUCUUACACAUCAAAGACUCUCAAUUCAUGGCCAGGCAAGGAAAAGUGUCCAGGGGUUGGAUGUAGAUUGCUAGAAACAAGUUGCUUAAUUUUUUGCCUAGACCCUGUUAUUGUUAAUGCCUUCUAUAAAAUGAAAAUUGUGCAUCUUACUCAUAGUUUAUUUUAAAUGUCAAAGAAUAUGAAAUAACAUGGCCAAAACAUUUUCCUUUUAGCAAUUAAAAUGCAUACUACAGAAUGUUGUUUAUAUACUUAUGAGAUAAAAAGCUUCAGUAUAUAGCUGUAAGUACUUAACAAAUGCCUUUGAAAUAUGUCCUGAUGCAAGCCUUUAGCUGGGCUAAAGGCUCAAUUAUGGUCCUCAUUAGCACAUUAAAAAACAUCAGAAGUCGAAAAACAGUGGUGUUUUUCUCAAUUCUUGGUUUUAUAUGCUUGUAUAUGAUGUCAUCUUACAUGUUGCCAGCUCAUCGACAUUUUCAUACAACCACAAAACGGGUCCGUGUUACUUCUUGUCUUGACUUCCACUUGAGGUCAUGGUCGAAUUUAAUGGCAAAAAGUGAUGCUGUUUUUAAAGAAAUUCCAGAAUCAAGAACUGAAAAUAAAUUCUUUCCAUUUACUGGUAACGGCUUGAUUGGUUUAUCAAUAAGUAAGGAAAAAAUGCAAUUUUAUGUGAUGACUGAAAGUGAAGCUAUUGACGUUCCAUUUGUGCCUGUUAUUCUCCCUGAAAUUGACCAAAAAUUUACGUCAAUGCAGCAAGCUAUCCUGUUAAACAUAAAAGAAGGUAUGAUACAAAGACUUACAAGUUAUGUUGUGAACAAGACUUGUAUUGUUGUUCAAGAAAGCUUUUAUGCUCACAGAGUGCACCAGGAUAUACUACUUCAAGACAUUGUAGUUAAAAACAGUGGAAAAUUACCUGUGACUAUAAAGUUAAAGCAAUAUACUGCUGGUCAAAAAAGCUGGAGAGCUGCAAUACAAAAAGCUAAAACUAAAAGUGGCGAUAUUACAUACAAUGUUGCCCAUGGCAAGUUGGAUGUUAGCGAUCAGAAAGAGAAAGAAAUAAAAGUAUUUUCUAGUCUUUCUCAUUUCCAACCAACAAUCAUAGUGCCACAGAAAAGUCAAAAUAAACUGACUGUUUUGUCUGUCACUCAGUUCCAGCUUGUAAAGAAGUCAAAGAAAGCUGAUGAAAGAAAACGCAAAUCUGCUACUACUGAAGUAAAGAUAGAUUUGUCAAAUACUGUAAAGAAGCGUCUAUUGGAUGUGGUAGAUAUAUCUGCAGACACUCUUAUCAAACAGCAUGUAGAUGCGUGGAAUGAUAUUUGGAAGGUUGGAGUCAGUAUCGGGUCAGAUGGAGAUCCAGACUCUCCAUCGUCUCUUCAUGUCAACUUAACUGAGUAUUAUAUGUACUCAUCUUUAAAGUACAAUCGUUCAGAACCAACCCACAAAAAGACAGAGUGUUAUAAAGGCUCUCCCACGAUACAUAAUGCUGAUCUUUGGGUCAUACCAUCUAGCGUUAAAUCGCUAUAUCGCCAAAGAACAGUGUGGAGAAGAUUAUUCGAAACUUCUGGUUGCAUCUCUGGCACAACUUUGUUUUUAGUUAGAGAGUCAAUGGUGUUAAGUUUUCUUGGUCUGCAUUAUCAUGAUAAACAGAUCGAAUUAGCAAUGAAUCCACUGAACUUGGUAUCCAACAUUUCAAUUCGAAGUUUAUCAUUGGAGCAAUUUCAUUCGUAUGAUGUUCUUGAUAUUCAACUUUACGUUAAUAGAAAAACUUCAGACCGGACAUUGCUAGUCACGUGUACGGGGAGGCAUAAACCGGUUAUUUAUGGCUGCUCGACAGGAUGUGAUAGGGUUGUCGAACUUGGUAACACAGUUUUAAAAUUUCCUGUCCAUACUACCGACCCUGUGACACCACUGUUUUUCAUAUCAUCUAAUCGGACACGACUAGAACAAAUUGGUACAACGGACUUCAUGAAGAAAGCAAUACAAAAUGCCAAAACAGCGCACCAAUCACAUUUAGAGGUUCAUCAUUUAAAACUGUCGCCAAAAUUUUGGUUAGCUGUUGUAAUAUUGAUAGUUAGUUUCCAUGUGAUUGUUGUCAAAAUGAUUUAUAAUGAAUGUAGAAAGGACCGUGGACCCGGAAGAAGACGGCCACCAUUUUCUAGCUGAUAUUUGUUGUUUAUUUUUAUGUUCUAUUUUUAAUAAUUUUAAUUGCAACUCAGUAACACUCAAUUGUCAAAUUUAUUAUCAAAACUGUGCCUGUAAACCAUUAAUGUUUUAGUUCUUUAUUUAUACUCGCUCCUACGACAUUUUCAUUGUGUAAAAAUUGGAGCGUUUACUGAGAAUUAUUCCUUGUAUAUUUUAGUACGUCUUGCGAAUUUAUAUCUUCUCUCUGAAAAUAAAUUAUGCUUAAAAGGAGCACCUGAA